UGUGCUUUUUGUUCUUCUUUUAAAUAAACGCAAUAGUUAAUAAAUGUUUCCCCCCUUCAGCAGUAGUGGUAGCGUCUGAGCGCUACACUUGUUAAAGGUCUGCUCCAGGCAGGCUGCGGGUUGUGUGUGAUCCGCGUCGUGGUGGAGGUGGACAGCGUGCUCCUGAAUACAACUCAGCGCUAUCAACUGUUUCGCAUCAUUUUAUAAUUGGUUAUAACUCCGGCGUCGACCAUGAAGACAAUCAUUGCAGCGUAUUCUGGCGUGUUACGAGGUACUGGAGCCAAUUUUCUGUCUGCCAUCCAGGAUUUGCCUUCGGUUCCCUGGCCCUCCAAGUCGAAGGUGGAGAAGCAGCUGCAGAUUAUCUCUGUGAUGCAGUGGGUCCUUUCCUUCCUCGUAAUGGGUGCUGUGUGCACUGUGGGCCUCCUGUACCUGUUCUUCACUGACUGCUGGCUCAUUGCUGCCUUGUACAUUGCUUGGCUGGUCUUCGACUGGAAUACUCCAAGACAAGGAGGAAGGAGGUCAUCUUGGGUCAGAAACUGGACCGUCUGGAAAUACUUCAGAGAUUACUUUCCCAUCAGACUCAUUAAAACCCACACCCUGCUGCCCAGCCGGAAUUACAUUUUCGGGUACCACCCGCACGGGAUCUUCUGCUUCGGAGCCUUCUGUAACUUCGGGACGGAAGCAACUGGGUUCUCCAAGAAGUUCCCUGGGAUCUGCCCUCACCUGGCAACCCUGGCUGGGAACUUCAGAUUGCCCCUCCUCCGGGACUACCUCAUGUCUGGAGGUAUUUGUCCUGUGAAUCGCAAUUCCAUGGACUAUCUCCUGUCCCGCAAUGGAACUGGGAAUGCUGUGGUGAUUGUUGUGGGAGGAGCAGCGGAAUCCCUGGAGUGCAUUCCUGGGAAGCACUCGGUCACUCUGAAAAACCGCAAAGGGUUUGUGAAGCUGGCCUUGCAGCAAGGUGCUGAUCUGGUCCCUGUGUAUUCGUUUGGGGAGAAUGAAGUGUACAAGCAGAUCAUCUUCGAGGAGGGCUCUUGGGGGAGGUAUCUGCAGAGGAAGUUCCAGAAGCUCAUGGGUUUCGCUCCCUGCUUCUUUCACGGCUGUGGGAUAUUCUCGACCAACAGCUGGGGAAUGGUGCCCUACAGCAAAGACAUCAACACUGUCGUUGGAGAACCUAUCACAGUCCCAAAGAUAGAAAGCCCAAGCCAGGAUGAAGUGGACCUUUACCACGACAUGUACGUGCAGAGCCUCCUCAAACUCUUUGACAGAUACAAGGUGAAGUUUGGUCUGCUGGAGACAGACACCCUGGCUUUGCACUAGAACAUCUCCGGCUCUGGAGCGUCUCCCGGAGCUGCUGAGGAUUGGACCCUGCUAUGUACCUGCUUAACUCUUUCAGUCCUGUAUUAGCACCACAUGUUAACAUGUGCUGUCAGCGAUCAUGUAGGAACCUCACAGGACUCCUGGGACCCAGUCGGGGGGGGGGGGG